AUGAGUUCUGCUGACUACUACCACUACUAUUUUAAAUUCCGCCUUUCCAGCAAAGUGGCACGGCAGUUUACUCGAGUGAUACCGCAAACCAACAACCCAGUGUGGGUGCACACCUUCGCUUACAACGACUUCGCAAGGGAGGAUGUCAAUGCCCAUGAACUAGAAGUGGCCGUAUUCGACUCCAAUAAUGACCAUGUAGCUCUUGUGGGUGAGGUGUUGAUCGACCUUAGUGUGGCGGACCUCUCAGGACGAGCUUACUGGUAUCCAAUUCCACAAGUCUGGAACUCUAGAACCAAUCCGGAAAGUUCUAGCCGGAAUGGGCAUUACAUGGGUAUUCAUGGGUAUACUGAAAGUGUCCAGUCCUCGCCAGACGAAACAGCCAGGGUUGGUGAAUCCUGGACCAGAUCGGUGUACACCUAUGUACUAAUCUAUGUCCCGAUCGACAACCGGCAAAGACGUCGACCCGUUGGCUCAGUAGAUAGGAUGUUCGUCUCUAGCUCACUGGUCGCGUGUUCGAAACUCGAGUGUAGCGGCAGUUCCUGUGGCUAUAUUGGAGUUGGGUCGCAUCCGAGACUGGUGGCUGUCAACAAGCUCCUAAAGUUUUGUCUCAAGACGUAUUUUACCUUCAACGAAACUAUCUACGAGCAGGUGAAGGGCACGCCCGUGGGUUCGCCCAUUUCCGGACUCAUAGUAGAGGCAAUCCUGCAACAGUUGGAGUCGCUGGUUUUCCGACACCACAGACCGAAAUUCUCGGCUUGGAUUCCGCGGUUCACUGUCUCUGAGGAUGAUCAGAGUUUCCUAUCUGAUGGCUCCGAGGUCUCCGAGUUCUCCGACUUCUCCAAACUGAGUCUUCAAUCACCGCCGGCAAACUCAGGG